GCCUUUGUCGCUCCACAAAAAACUGAACACCGUCUGUGAUGACCAGGCGGACCUGUCUAAAGUCCUGGACUAAAUAUGCUUCGCCUGUACCUUAUAUCUACUAUGUAGCUGGGAAGAGGUUUUCCCCUCUCUCUCUUUUUUUUUUGCUACUAGAUAGAAUGACUAUAUGACAGUUCUACUGGUGUUCACACUCCUGUUUAUUAUCAACCACACAACGGCUUCAUGCCUUCUCUGUUCGUUUUCAGCAAAGCAAAAUCCUGAAGGUUUUCUCAACCUGUUUUCACCACUACCCUUGGACAAGUGGCUGGCCCAUACUGAAUUAUAGCUGCGAAAAACCUCCCCACAUAAGACCCAGCACAAUGCGGCUAAGAGAAAUACAACGUCUUGAACUACCGCCAUCAGCGGACAUGCAUGUCCACUUGCGGCAAGGCCAAGUCAUGCAGCUGGUGGUUCCUCAGAUCUUGAAAGGAGGAGUAGAUACUGUUUUUGUUAUGCCAAACUUACAGCCUCCAAUCACCACUGUUGCCCAAGCUCUGGAGUACAAGGCUCUCCUGCAGGCGAUUGAGCCCAAAGUCCAUUAUCUCAUGUCCCUUUAUCUACACCCUUCCAUCACCCCAGAAGUGAUUGCUGAAGCAGCUGCGGCUGGCAUCGCUGGAGUCAAGUUAUACCCGCAAGGCGUGACCACAAACUCCGAAUCAGGGGUGCCUGCCAACUUCUUAGAUGCCUACUCUCCCGUGUUCGCCGCCAUGGAAAAGCAUGACCUUGUCCUCAACCUGCAUGGCGAAUGGCCAGGGCCUCUAUCAGAUCGCAAUAUUUCUCUGGAAGAAGCAUUCCUCCCAGAGCUAAAAAAGCUCCACCAAAAGUUUCCAGCCCUGCGCUGCGUACUGGAGCAUUGCUCAACUGCGGCUGCAUUAGAUGCUGUCCGGUCCUGCGGCCCGACUGUUGCAGGGACGAUCACGGCACAUCAUCUUUACUUAACUGGGGACGACAGCGAAGUCGACCCUCUCGCUUUCUGCAAGCCUAUUCCAAAAACGCCUUUGGACCGAGAUGCUCUGGUCAGGGCCGUUGGCAGUGGCGAUUCCAAGUUCUUUUUUGGCAGUGAUAGUGCGCCGCACCCCUUGGCAAACAAGAUGAAUACCCAGCAUGGACACCCAGCACCAGCAGGCGUAUUCACUCAACCAUUUGCAACCCAACUUGUCAUACUGGCGCUCGAGGGGGCCAUUGAAACGGGCGUACUUCAGGAGGAUCAGGUCACACAGGACCAGCUCGAACGAUUCCUGAGUCGGUCCGGAAGACGAUUCUACAAGCUUCCAGAGCCCGCCACCGAAGGCGGAGCCAGGAUCGUACUUACGAGGAGAGGGGAGUUGAUCCCGAAGAGUAUCACAAGUGCUGACCAGACUGUUGAGAUUGGGUUGUCCAAAUCCCAGUCACCUGUCUUCAGUCUGAGCUGGCAGUUGUAGCGUCAAAGUUCCAAAGUCCUGCUCCAUUUGCGUAUGAAGGCAUGGUCCGGGGCAAGGCGCAUGGACACCGAAAUACUACAAACAAAGAUGUGACAGCCAAACGUCGAUGCUGAACAAGCAACGUAGAAUGUCACGUGCAAGGUCUCCAUACAUUUUCAAGUAACGGCAUUUGUUGGAAACCAUCCAAUCCUAACGGCCGUAUAAGACGGCAUACUGAACAAAUAUGGAUACGUGUCUGUUGCUGGGUGUAGGUCAGGCUGGGUCUCCGCCAGGCAACCAAAACAGGUUUCCCUGCUUGCCUGAAUCUAUUGGCAACAGCUGUCCGGUAAUGUUGGAUGAGAAGUUGUCACUUGCGAGAAAGAGGCAGGCUCUGGCAACGGCUUGCAUUGUAACUGGUUUGCGAAGAGCCACGGUUGCCUCUGCUUCCUUCCACUUAACUUGUUGGUCGACUGCGCACUCCUCGCGAUAUUGUGGGGUUUGGACUGGACCAGGUGCGAUUGCAUUCACUCGUAUCUCCGGGUGCACAUUGACCACGUCCUGGGCCAGGGAAAGGACCAGUCCAGUCUGUAUUGCGGAUUUGGAUGCUGCAUAAGGAGCACAGGAAGGCACACCAAAUCUGCCGGCUUCGCUGCCAAAUACUAUCGCCGACAGGUUCUUCUCGCGUUUGACAAAUUCUCGAAUUUCGCGGAGCCACGUACGGCAAGUAAGAAAUGUGCCGUCGACAUUGACAUUCAUUAUUCUUCUCCAUUCCGUAAGGGGCAUGUCGACGAGAGAGUGGCGCGGAGCGUAGCUCAGAUCAAUGCCCGCUGCAGCUAUCAGAGUAGUGAUCAACCCAAAUCUCGAUCGAGCAUCUGCAAAUGCUUGAGCCAGGGCGACUUCGUCAGUGAUGUCAACCACAAGCGGGUGAAAGCGAGGAGCAUCCAUGCUUGGUUCGACCUUGUCAAACCCAGAUACCACGGCUCCUGCGGCAAGAAAGGCCUGCACCACCACGGCGCCAAUGGCUCCGCUUGAACCAGUGACCAAGACAUGGCUAUCUUGCAGUCCGAGGUCUAUGUCAAAUGGUAAGUCAGCCAUGUGAGCGCGAGAUUGCUGGGCGAGUGAUCACAACAAUUGUCGAAACGAAGCCAGGCUACGUUGGUUAGGUCGGAGG